UGGCUCAGCCUCCCUCAGAGACCGGACAGCGCGUCACCACAACCUGCCACAUAGCAGCAGCAGGCGCCCUCCCUCCCGCCUUUUACAGGACGGGAUCACAAAGGCGGCGGCGGCACCGGGAGGAGGAGGCGCUGCACACGGGACUGACUAGUGCUUUAUGGAUCGUUCCUUUAUAUAACCUGCGCUGAGGAAAGCAACACAAUUUAGUGGGGAAAAAAUGGGUCGAAAGGAUGCUUCAGCAACAAAAGUUCCAGUUGAUCAAUAUCGUAAGCAAAUAGGAAGGCAAGACUACAAGAAAAACAAGCCUGUAUUAAAAGCAACGCGGCUAAAAGCAGAAGCCAAGAAAACAGCAUUCGGGAUUAAGGAGGUGCUGCUUAUUACUGUGGCUAUCCUGGUGCUCCUGCUGGCUUUCUAUGCCCUGUUUUAUUUGAACUUCACUUCAGCUACGGAAUCCAGAGACGACUCGGCAGACUAGCCAAUGCCAUCCAAUCUCAAAGCUGGGGUUUAACGUUGGAAGACUCAGAGGAUGUAAACAUACAUUAUAUGCUAUAUGAGUUAUAAAUGUUACAUUCCAUUUCUAGCAUAAUGAUCAUGAGACACAGAAUACAAAGUCUUAAUUCAGUCAUAAUUAAACAUUCCCGAUCUGAACUGUUAUCUGGUAUAUGAGUUGUUGAUUAUUAUUUCGGAGAUACAGACAUUCCUUUGGGAAAGAACUAUUUUAUAUUUCUUUUUCAAAUUUAGAUUUUUACUGGAUGUGUGCCUAAUAUGUUGAUUUGUAACUUUCAUGAUAAUUAGCAAUACCAUAAUUCUGAUGAAGGCAAACAUUUUAAAUAUGAGUAUUUUGAUAGAAGGGAAUCUUUCUUUCUAAAUGAUGCAAUUUUUGUAUUCAACACAUUAAACAUAUUGUAAUCUUCA